AUGAACGAACCUAUAGGCCCGACUAAGCGGGCAAAAAUUAGCUAUCAAAUAAAAGUGAUCGAGACAAAAACACCAUCACUACCACCAACCCAAGCAAAAGGUAUGAUCAGUGGGAGGCUUGAACUCCCGGCCUUGGCAUUACACAAGAUUUCAGGAAUCCAUUGUGAGGAUUCAUAUGGGGUUCGAGUGGAGUUGCGAAAUGAGUCGUUGCAAUUUCAUUCCGGCCGGACCCCGGACAGGCGUCCCAUCGGCAUUGAAAACAGGUGUCUUGAAUAA